GAAAAAUAAACAUUUUAUGUUGGACAACCGUUUUUAUUUUUUAUAUAAUGUGCCCUAUAUGAUUACUAUUGUUUCAAAAACACAUUAUCAGUUUCCACUGUUGAUGAAUUUGCAUUAGCGCAGUUGAAGUUAUGCUUGUAAUAGCAUUGAUGAGAUACCAACGCUAUUACAACGCUUCCUUGAGACACACCAGAUACACGAUGGCUUUCAAAUGCCCCCAAAGAUACCAUCAAAUGCAUCUUCUAGGUUAUCUGAAACAUAAAAAUAUACAUUAUACAUUUUCCUAUGUGUGAAAACUUAUGGCUCACACUGUAUAUCCUAAAAAAAGUACCAUAAAUGUACAGAAAGUCACUUGUAAUGCAUUUUUGGAGGGAAACAACAGUGUGCUGUAUACUGUGCAAUAGAAUGGGAAAACUACAAAACUCAGCAACAAAAUACUAAUCUUCUCACAUCUUUUGAACCCACAAGGUGCAAAACCUACAGCAAUAAUAAGAAUAAAAUAAAAAUAAUAGAUGCAAAACAAAAAUAUGAAGAACAUAUUAAACUAAUUGGCACAUGUAAGACAGUAUGCCAGUGUGUGUGCAUGGGCUUUACAAAUGUAUUUCUCACAGGUGCAGCACACAGUAUUUGUUUUACAGUCCUUGUUACUUCUGGAUGUCUGAAAAAAAAAACUGAUCUAUGAUCUGCUGGGUACUGAAAACUGAAAACUCGUGGCUUGAGCAAAGAGAAAACUGGUGGUGCUGUCAUCUGCAGGAACCUUCAUAAUGUUUGAACUCAUCCCCCAUUAGUAAACGAUGCUUUCAAGAAAUGUUUCAUUUUUUUUAACUGUUAAAACCUGAGAUUUGUUGUGGAUGAGUGAGGAGAAAAUGUUUUAACACUGCGUAACCAAACCCGUUUUGACGUAAGUAAAGCUCCAUGAAUGAAGCUCUGCUAAGUUAGUGUCAGAAAUGUGAGAUUUCCUGUUGCUUACUUCAUAAUAAAAGUCUCCCUCUCGUUCGCUGAUGGAACACUUUAUUGUGAAGGAACACCAACAGGAAAUGCUAAGUUUUCCUUCACAGCAACUUAACACAACUUCGCCAUGUCGUUUCCGAAUGGAGGGUAGUCGCCGUGGGGACAGCUAAAGUUAGUAAGGAGAGUACCUGCACAGAAUCAGAGGUAUGGGAGAAACACACGCUUUCUCUGACUUUAGCUGCUCCCCCGGCGGCCAUGGAAAAUGGGCGCGAUCGUCUUCGUGACCGCUAAACUCAGGAAAGGAAUGUACCGGCAUCUACUCGGAGGUAAUAGAGGAACACACACCUUUCCUGAUUGUAGCGGUCCCCAUUGCGACCACGUCCUGCUCUCACUACGUGACGACGUUCAGUCACAGACGUCCUGAACCGUCGGAGGAAGACCACGUGGAAGCCGAAAGAUGAGAGAAGCAGAGAAGGGACGAGCACUGUCCACCGAUAAAGAGAUGGAAGCUAAACAGACAGGAUGCCACUCGAGGUUGAAGGCACACUUACGUCGCUCGAAAGCGCAUGAUGGAAAAUGCUUAGCCGAGCACAUACCCUCCCAAACACAGAAAUUGAACUCAGACUCAGCCGAUGCAUGUACCCCUGAAAGCUCAAGGUGUGAUGCCCCAGAUGGACCACCCUUGAGAAGAGCCGACGGUGUACUGCUUACCAAAGAAUACCUUAAACAGGUCUCAAGGACAUCUGAUGGUUCCGAAGCAUCCAUCAGCUGCGUUGAAAGCAAUGAUGAUGAGUAUGUCCCUGCAAAAGACUCUGCAGAUGAAGGCAGUUCAGAAGUACCUGGUCCUAUCAAAGCUCCAUUGUUGACCAAGAGGACUUGCAGAACAAAGACAAAGCCCAGAACUUCUGUAGAUGAAGAAAAGAAGCGAACAGAAAGUGAAAAAAGUGAUGGCACAGGACAGGAUAAUGUCUCAGUAAUGAAGCUGAAAAAAAAGCAUAAUGGUGCCAGAGUGUACAGUAAAACCCAUUAUUGCUUGUUCUGUCCUGUCAACUGUCAUAAAAUGUCGAGACACUUAAUUCGAAAACACAGCAGAGAACCUGCUGUAGCUAAAGCUAUAAGUUUUCCUUUGAAAUCAAAGGAACGUAAAAUGCACUUUGACCUCAUCAGGAACCAAGGGAACCGUGCGCACAAUAAUGAGGUCCUAAACAAUGGCAGUGGCACACUAGUCCCUGGUCAUCAACCUGCAAAACCAGGGAAAACAAGUGAUUAUAUGCAUUGCAUAAAUUGUGAAGCUUUUUUGAAAAGAAAAACAUUAAAGAAACACAUGUCCACAUGCAGGCUUUCACAAACAUGUAGCAGUACAAAGCCAGGCAACAAUUGUAUCCAGUCACCCUUUGUACAACCUGUUCCUGAUGGUGUUACCCAAAAAGUUUGGGAGCUAGUGAAUGCCAUGCACAAAGAUGAAAUCAAGAGCAUUGUAAGAAAAGAGAAAAGCAUUUUGAAACUAGCUGAACAUCUUUAUGCUAAACAUGGACACGACAAAACCAAACAUGAAUACAUAAGACAAAAAAUGCGCGAAGUAGGACGACUGAUCCAGCAGUCCCAGAAAAGAGGUCUGAAAUGCCUUAAAGACUUCUUUGUGCCCUCCAACUUUCAUCUUGUGAUCGAGGCAGUAAAAGCUGUGGCUGGAUUUGAUGAGGAGAAAAACAUGUUUAAAACUCCAUCAUUAGCUCUGAAGCUCCGUUACAGUCUGAGGAAACUUGCAGACAUUCUUGAGUGUGAGGCACAGAUGGCAGAGUCGGGCAAUGAAGAGUUUCUUAACAACCUGAAAAGGACUAGGGGUCUUUUUGAGAAGAAAUGGGAUGUGUCUCUCUCAUCAGGUGAGUUGUACAAGAAUUGUGUUCAUUAUGAUUAAUCAUAUGACAGUUUAUCAUUUUUGUUUUAAUGGCUUGACUAAGAAUCCUUUAUACAGAACUCUUUUGUGUUUAUGUAAACAAGGACAUACUUUGUUUAUACAAGCACCUAGAAACACAUCAUUUAUUAUUUAGCAAAUUCUAAUAGUAUAAAUCAGAGUAUGACAGUGACAGCUCUAACAACACAACAUACUAACCUUUAUGCAUCAUGUUCGUUAGUUGUCUUUCCUCUCUUUCUCCUCUGUUGUCUCUUCUGUCUGUCCUCACUGCUUCACUCUGGUUGAAAUCUCCAGAUUCUGUAAAGAAAGCGAACAUGUAACCGUUCUAAAAUCGUUCACAGUGAAGGUGUUACCAUCUUAUAUUAUUACCUUAUAUUGAUAUAUUUGUCGUUUCUUUUUUUGCAGGAUCCUCAAGCUCCAAGAAAAAAUGUCAUCCAGAGUCUGACAGUGACGACCAUCUGUCAGGAGGACUGGAAGACUAUGAUGGGCCUGGCAGUGUUGAACUUGCCACUAAAGCAGGAUCCCCAGGC